AUGCUGCACCCAGCUCUUGAAAGGAUGCACUUAUACGAGGCAACUUUAUACCUCUGUCACGAUUUCAGAACGUCAACUCCAACUGUUAUGCAGUCGUACGCAUUCUUCGCUUAG